AGCUUCCGGCCGGAUCUGAUCACUCGAGCUCUGGACCAACGGUUCAGUUGAGCGCUGCUACUACCGAGCUUGCCGGGGUUUGGUCCCGCCAGCCAUUGAGUAGCUGGGUUGCCGGUGGUUGUUGGAUUAGGUUCCGACGGUAUCAUGUUCCUCCCAACCCCUUGUGAAUGUGACGGUUUCACUUUCACACGAUAUGGGAAGAAGAUAUGAAGAUCAAUGGUGCUGGAAGAUACAAUCGAUUCUCCCACUAAUUUCAAUGAUGCGAAUUAAGGGAAUCACCGCUCCUUAUCCGCCUCCCUCUUUCUAUCUGUUGCCGAAACUAGAAAGACGACAUACACACACACUUAAUAUACCAACCAGUUUCUUUCAUGUUGAUCCUCAUCCUAGAAACCUUGCAAUUGGCUCGGAUGAAUCUUGA